UGGUGGGUGAACCUGCAACUUCCUCUUGUUUUUAGUUUCUAAUUGACGGAGGGUAAUUUAAAUUAAAUUGUGAGGAUCUCUUCUCUAAUUUUAUCCAGGCCGGGGGAAUGGAUCUCGCGAAAAAGCUUCCCAAAAUCAAAGAUCAGGAGAAAGAGAGCAAGUUUGGAUAUGUAUUCGCUGUGUCCGGACCCGUGGUCACGGCGGAAAACAUGAGCGGAGCUGCCAUGUACGAACUGGUUCGUGUGGGACACAGUGAACUAGUGGGAGAGAUAAUCCGUCUUGAGGGUGACAUGGCUACAAUUCAAGUUUAUGAGGAAACCUCUGGUGUGACAGUUGGUGAUCCUGUGCUUAGAACUGGAAAGCCUCUCUCAGUUGAACUGGGUCCAGGUAUUCUUGGAAGUAUCUUUGAUGGAAUUCAGAGACCACUCAAGGACAUUAAUGAAAUGACAGAGAGCAUUUACAUUCCUCGUGGUGUCAAUACAGAUGCUCUUAAUCGUAGUGUUUCCUGGGAUUACAAACCAGAAGGAUUCAAGAUUGGAGACCACAUCACAGGAGGGGAUUUGUUUGGUAUUGUACAUGAAAAUACUUUACUAAACCAUCGGCUUAUUCUCCACCCCAAGGCAAGGGGAACAGUCACAUAUAUUGCACCUCCAGGAAACUACAAUAUUACAGAUGUUGUGAUGGAGACAGAAUUUGAUGGAGAGAAGACCCAGCAUACUAUGUUGCAGAUUUGGCCUGUGAGACAAAUGAGACCUGUUUCAGAGAAGCUGGCAGCCAAUUACCCUCUGUUAACAGGGCAAAGAGUUCUUGAUGCUCUUUUUCCGUGUGUUCAAGGGGGAACUACAGCUAUCCCAGGAGCCUUUGGUUGUGGUAAAACUGUUAUCUCCCAGUCCCUCUCCAAGUUUUCCAAUUCUGAUGUUAUUAUCUAUGUAGGAUGUGGAGAAAGAGGAAAUGAGAUGUCUGAAGUACUAAGAGAUUUCCCUGAGCUCACUGUUGAGAUCGGCGGAGUAACUGAGUCCAUCAUGAAGCGCACAGCCCUUGUGGCCAAUACAUCAAACAUGCCUGUAGCUGCCAGAGAAGCUUCUAUUUACACGGGUAUUACGCUGUCGGAAUAUUUCCGUGACAUGGGUUAUAACGUGAGUAUGAUGGCGGACUCCACAUCUCGUUGGGCUGAGGCUCUUCGUGAGAUAUCUGGUCGAUUGGCUGAAAUGCCUGCAGAUAGUGGCUACCCAGCUUAUCUCGGAGCCCGACUGGCUUCGUUCUACGAGCGAGCAGGCCGUGUUCAAUGCCUGGGUAACCCACAGAGGGAGGGUAGUGUCACGAUUGUUGGUGCAGUAUCCCCUCCCGGUGGAGAUUUCUCAGAUCCUGUCACUUCUGCUACACUGGGUAUUGUUCAGGUGUUUUGGGGUUUGGACAAGAAGCUUGCUCAAAGGAAGCAUUUUCCAUCCAUCAACUGGCUGAUCAGUCACAGUAAAUACAUGAGAGCUUUGGAUGAUUUCUACGAGAAAAAUUACCCCGAGUUCGUGGCGCUUAGAACAAAGGUCAAAGAAAUUCUGCAAGAAGAGGAAGACUUAUCAGAGAUUGUACAGCUUGUAGGAAAGGGUUCACUAGCCGAGGCAGAUAAGAUCACUCUGGAAGUAGCCAAGCUCAUCAAAGAUGACUUUUUACAACAGAAUGGUUACUCAUCUUACGAUCGUUACUGUCCAUUUUACAAGACUGUUGGUAUGCUCUCCAACAUUGUAGCAUUUUAUGAUGCGGCACGGCACUCCGUGGAGGCCACCGCUCAGUCCGAUAACAAGAUUACAUGGGCAGUCAUUAAAGAGAAUAUGGGACAGAUUAUUUACCAGUUGUCAAGUAUGAAGUUUAAGGACCCUGGCAGUGAUGGCGAGAGCAAGAUAAAGGCGGACUUUGCAGAACUUAACGAACAAAUGCAACAAGCUUUCCGUUCUUUGGAGGAUUAGGAACUCACUUUACUUUUGAAAUAUGGACAAUUACUUUUAAUCAAUUAUCUCGCACAGAACUAAAAUAGACAAAGAAAACAAGUAAUCAUAAUAUAAAAUGUUACUCACCGAAAGGGAAGAGAUCAUACUUCUCAUUUACCUCGUUUUCAAACUGUUGAUUUAUUAGACCUUUUUGAAAUGAUUAAUAAUUAUGUGGUAGAGCAACCAAUGUUAAAGAAACGUUGAAGGUGUGUCUGCCUCAGUCGAUCUCACUCAGUAUUAACUGAGGAACCUGCCUCAAUUACGACUUCCAUGGCAAAAUAUUGUGUGAUCAAUGGAUUUUUGAAGGCAAAAAUUAAUGUCCUCAUCAGUGAGGAAUUUUUCUUUUUAGAAUCGGUUGAAAUGUAUUAUUAGUUAUAAGCCAAUUUCCGGUCAGAGUUAUUUUCUCUCUUUUUCUUUCAAUGUGUCACAUUUCGAUUUCUCUCAAGUCUUGUUAAAAUGAAAAAUUUCAAAUCCAAAUUAAUAUGAGUGGCUGUAGUUCAGACCUCGCUAAAAUGAAUGAGUUACGGGAAACUCAUAAACAAUGGAGUCCAGUAGGAAGCUCAGAAGUUAAUUUUCUUGAGCCUCAUAAUCAAAGCCAAAUAUCCACCCAAUAGUGUCGUAAACAGUGCCCGUGAUUCUGUUCGUUAAUGAUUCAUUCUUGACGUAUCGAUACAUAGUUAAGGUUUACGACUUUUAAGUUUCAGAAGAAAGUGGGUUAAGAUACAAGACACGCUAUAUACAAUUUUCAUUUCUAAAUUGUAUCAUUCAACUGGCGCCUAUAAGAGAGCAUGAUUAGUAAAGACCUAGCAAAAGGCAUUCAAGUUAUUCCAGCAUCGUGACUGUUCUUUGUUGAGGUAGCCGCAAUUUUAUUGAAACAUGAUCGUAUGGUGUAUUUGUAACUCUAGGAUCUUUUAAUUAUGAUUAGUAUUUGUUUGUCGCUUCUCUGUGAAGAAGUCGUCAUUUGACCAAUGAAUUUCCUGUAUUUAACAUAAUUAAAUGUUUUUUCAAAGUCGAACAA